AUGGUCCACGCAUCUACAUCUUCUUCAAAAAUCCCGCGCCCCAUGAAUUGCUUCUUGGCAUUUCGACUUGAAAAACAACAAGAAAUCAUCUCCCGAUGUCCUGGAGCAAAUCAUCGCGACAUUUCUAAAAUCAUUGCCAAGUGGUGGAAAUCCAUGCCAAAUGAAGAGAAAGAACCAUACCGGGAGCGAGCGCGUCUAGCCAAAAAUGAACAUGCAAAAAGAUACCCUAACUACAAGUAUCAACCACAAAAACGUCAAGGGAAGAAAACACGCAAAUACAUGCGCCGGUCUCGUGAUCGAUUUACAUCGCGUGUAGAAGAGAAUAAUCGUAUUAUGGAACAACUCUAUGACAACCCACGAAUACUAGAAGAGGAAGGACACAAAAUCGCGAUUGCUGGUCUUUCGCCAUUUUCGGAUUACUCCUUGGAAUCACCAACUACAGCUGCUUCAGCGAGCCCUCAUUUUGGUGUAAAACAAGAUGACCUACAUGCAAAUUUUCACGAUCCUCUUGUUACGCAUUGCCUGGAGAAUCAAACGUUUUAUGCAUUGCCUAUGACACUGGAUAAUACCAUGGACUACUUUGUCAACAACUCAAGUGAAUCAUUAUCAUCCCCACUACCACCAUCCCCAUCCUCCGCUCAAGAUCUUUUCUUCAAUUUGCCGCUCCUCGAUCAAGACGUCGUCGCUGAUAACUAUGACACAAGUUGUAUAAAUCUAAUGACCACCUACCAGUUGCUAGGCAACCAGUGUACCCCGCCGAUGACUGGAUCUUGGUUUUGA